AAAACGACAAAAUCCAGUUUUGUCGGCUUUCUGUGACUUUCUGUCUGAUUCAUUACAUCUUCCUCCGGCGAUUCAACUCUUCUUCCACGGCAUUAUAUGGUUUCUUUCCCUGACGCAGGCGAGAGAGAUAAAAGUGAUUGUUUCCGAUCUCAGAUGAGGAUUUGAUGCAGCAGCAGAAGAAGCUGGUUUCUCAAUUGGGGUGGUUCUUGUUUGAAAAAAGCUGUUAGGGUUCUUGAAUGGACUUGAGAAUGGAUAAUGUAAUCGGCGGCAAGUUUAAGCUUGGUCGUAAGAUCGGCGGUGGCUCUUUCGGAGAGCUUUUUCUAGGUGUAAGCGUGCAGACCGGAGAAGAAGUCGCUGUAAAGCUGGAGCCUGCGAAGACUAAGCAUCCACAGCUUCAUUAUGAGUCCAAGAUAUACAUGCUUCUACAAGGGGGAACUGGCAUCCCUAGCCUCAAGUGGUUUGGGGUUCAGGGAGACUACAAUGCGAUGGUGAUUGAUCUGCUGGGACCUAGUUUGGAGGAUUUGUUCAACUAUUGUAAUAGGAAACUCACUUUGAAGGCAGUUUUGAUGCUUGCGGAUCAACUGAUUAGCAGAGUUGAGUAUAUGCAUUCAAGGGGGUUUCUUCACCGGGACAUCAAACCAGACAAUUUCUUGAUGGGACUUGGUCGCAAAGCUAACCAGGUGUAUAUCAUUGAUUUUGGACUUGCAAAGAAGUAUAGGGAUCUCCAAACACAUAGACACAUCCCCUACAGAGAAAACAAGAAUCUUACGGGCACAGCUCGGUAUGCUAGCGUCAACACUCACCUUGGAGUUGAGCAAAGUCGGAGAGAUGAUCUAGAGUCUCUUGGUUACGUGCUCAUGUAUUUCCUGAGAGGAAGCCUCCCAUGGCAGGGUCUAAAAGCUGGAACAAAGAAGCAGAAGUAUGACAGAAUUAGCGAGAAGAAAGUUUCAACUCCUAUAGAGGUCUUGUGCAAGUCCUAUCCACCCGAAUUCGUAUCAUACUUUCAAUACUGCAGGUCUUUGCGAUUUGAAGACAAACCAGACUACUCCUAUCUGAGGAGGCUAUUCCGAGACUUGUUUAUCCGUGAAGGUUAUCAGUUUGACUAUGUAUUUGACUGGACUGCAUUGAAACACCCUCAGAGUAGUUCCACUGCCCGUUCCAGCUCCCACGGAAGGCAUCGUGUCAGUAAGCCAGGGGGGGCUGCACGACCGUCUGCUGAAAAGCCUGAAAGGGUUUCAGGUAUUUCUUUUUACAGAGUUGGUAAGGAGAUCCGCGAUAGAUUCUCAGGUGCGGUUGAAGCAUUUGCGAGAAGGAAUGCUACGGGAGCUAGUCCACAUGAAAACCAUACCAGACAUCGAACUCUUGACGAUGUCCCUUCACCAAUGAAACCUGCUCUGAAUAUGGUAUCUGAAAAAGGAAGAAACACUUCCAGAUACGGCAGUGCUUCGAGGAGAGCAGUAGCCUCAGGAAGUAGACCAAGCUCAUCAGGUGACCAAGGAGAGAGCCGCAGCUCAAGCCGUGUGGCCUCAAGCGGCGGCGGUGGCAGACCAUCACUCUUUCAGAGAACACAAGCUGCAGCUGGUGUGAGCGGAUACGAGUCAAAGACAGCCUCUGCCUUUAACCGCAACAGAGUGACUGCUUCAAGGACGGCACGUGAUGAUGCUCUCAGAAGCUUCGAGCUUCUUUCCAUCCGCAAAUGAAAAACUCUUUUCUGUAAAUUUGAUUCUUCUUUACCUACACAUGUGUUGUUUUGGUCCUAAGUUUCCACGAAACUCCCAAGCUUUCAUGUACUAUUAUGAAUGUAACGUUCUCUGGAUUUUUGUAUUCAUUUUUACACUUUUACAAUUAUUGUAAUGUCGACAAGUUGUUGAGCU